UUGUUUGAACAACGAUUACGUAGAAUUCGUGCUCAACCACAUUGCCGUAGUUGAAUGACACGGUACAGAUGAAAUAAAUUACAAUUCAUUAAUACCGAUAAAACCAAUGUCCCAUAUCUGUGCUUACGUAUGAAAACAAUAACUUGAUACCUAUGAUGAAACUCGAUUCCAAUGCAAUAUCUAAAAACAUGCAUUUCUGAAAUAGAAAAUGAUAAGGGAAUUUCAGUCGGAGCGAGUUGGUACAUCGAUUCGUAUGUGUUAAUCGAGAACAAACAAAUCGGAGUUCGACGUGUUGUUGAACCGCCAAUAGUGAUGUUCAGCUAGUUGGGAAAAGUCGUGACUUCGUGAGCCCGUGCCUUUAGCGUACUUUCUUAAUCUACACAGUUCUCGUUCUUCUCCAUACGCGUAAUCCGUCCAACACAUCCGUCGAAAUUUCAAAAUGAGAAAAUUCACUACGAAAUUAUUUGUCUGUGUAUUGUUUUCUGCUGUUUUUAUAAUUACUUUACAUAAUUAUCACAUACAACAGAGAAAUAUAAGUUUACUCAAGAGUAAAGACCGAUAUUUUGAGUUCAAGAAAGCCGGCAUGAAGUACAUACUUCUUUGGACUAAACAAGAAAACAUACCGUUUGCGUACAUAGGACAAGGGCAAAGUGGAUUUAUUGGUAGAAAUUGUGAAUAUACAAAUUGUAUAGUCAGUGAUAAUGAGAGUGACCUGGGAAGUACUGCAGCAUUCGACGCAGUUCUGUUCGCUGGACCAGAGUUGAUAGGAACUUUCUUUUCCUUACCGGAGGAGCGACUGCCAUACCAAAAGUUCGUAUUUGCUAGCAUAGAAUCACCAGGAAAUUAUCCGUUGUGUCGCCAUAAUUUUAAUGGAUACUUCAAUUGGACGUGGACCUAUAAAUUAGAUUCGGAUUUACGAUGGGGCUACAUCACAAUAAAGGAUGCCAAUAACUCCAUUGUUGGCCCAAAGAAAGACAUGAAUUGGAUACCGUGGAAGGAGAUGGAUCCUGUGAACGCGACUUUUAAGAAACAGCUGAAGAGUAAAAGUAAAGCGGUCGCCUGGUUUGUUUCUCACUGUCAAUCUAGAAGUAGACGUGAAGAUUACGCAGCUGUGCUUAAAGAAGAAUUAAUGGUACGAUAUGAUUUAAACAUAGAUGUGUACGGAGAUUGCGGAUCAUAUUCAUGUCCUCGCGAAGAAGAAGAUAAAUGUAAUGAGUUGAUAGCCAAAGAUUAUUUCUUUUAUCUAUCCUUUGAGAAUGCUUUCAGUGAAGAUUAUGUUACAGAGAAAUUGUUGCAUCCUUUGCAAAAUAAUGCUGUACCCAUCGUUUUUGGAGGAGCUAACUACAGCAGGUUUCUGCCAGAGCAAUCAUAUUUAAACGCCAGAGAUUUUACAACUGAUGAGCUAGCAGGAACUAUAAAUGAUUUAAUUAACAAUCCUGACGACUACGCCGAGUAUUUCAGAUGGAAGAAAUACUAUUCAUACCAUAAAACAACGAAGGUGAAAGAAACUAAUGAAUAUUGCCAGAUGUGCGCUGCGCUUAAUGACGAUAAACUUAUAGAAACAACAUCGGUUUACGAUUCCUUCAAAGAGUUUUGGGAAGUUUAUACUUUUUGUUAAUCGAAAACCUAAAAAGGAGGAGAUUCUCAAUUCGAAUUUUGUGUUUAUUGAAGUAAUGUGGCAAUAAGUGAUUUUUUGUGGUAUUCUUUCAAAAUAGACUGGAUAGAGAUGAAAUUUGGGUUAUUUUAACAUCUGUUAAAUCGUAGAUUCUGAUAAAUGAUAAUUUGACACUAUAAUGUUGUUGUGGAUGUGUGUGCAUUGUCAAGUACAAAGUGAUGGUCAUGAGUGAUGUUCAAUUUCCAGUAUUACAGUCGUUGUAUGAAUAGGAUGAUUUUUUAUACUUUGUUACAAAAUAAUAAAUGAGUUUUGAAAAUUGCGUAAAA